UUGUUAUUACCUUUUAUUUAAUAUAGGUUGACUAGUGUACGACAGGCAUAACAAAGAAGUGAAAUCGCUGGGACUUUUUGAAAAUGGCUCAGGUGCGCUGUGUGGCUGUUGUUGUCUGCCUUCUGUCUGCCUGCCUGGUUCACGGGCAGGACACUGCGGAAUGCGCAUGGGAUUCAAACGUGGCUUUGGAGCAAGGACUGAACAUUAAAUCAUUUGAUGAUGGCGCAAGUUAUGCGGCUCGUUAUCCUGAGAUUUCGGACGCCCAGAAGUGCCGGGAGGCUUGUUGUCAAAGGGAAGAUUGUCAGGUGGCUCUCAUGGGAACCCCGGCCGAUGCACUCGCCGAGUGUUUCCUUGUAAAUUGCGUCAAAGAUGGAAAAGACGUUUGCCUCUUCCAGCCUGACACACAAUUUAAAGUCUAUCGCAAAAAACAAAUGUCCCAGUCCGAUUCACCAAGAGUUGCCGCCGACGUAAGCGCUCCCAACUCCACAGACCACUGCCAUCUUCCAAAAGAAGUGGGUCCCUGCCGAGGUGCUUUCACACGGUUCUUUCACAAUGUCACCAGUCAGGCCUGUGAACAGUUCAUCUUUGGAGGAUGCAGGGGCAACGAGAACAACUUUAUGACACAGGAUGAGUGUGAAAGCUCCUGUAAAGGUGUAACAGGUACUGUGCUGGAAAGCAACUCACUCCCUGACACCCCACAAAAGAGAAUGUCUAUUCCAGAAAACGACAAAGCUGUCAGUCCUGAGGGCCCUGCCACUCCACUGCCUGAAAUGACCUCAGAUGAGUUUGCAGCCAAAUGCCAGGCGCCCCCGCUGACUGGACACUGCCGCGCUGCCCACAGACGCUACUACUACAACCCUGCCACUGGCACCUGCGAGCAGUUCAUCUAUGGCGGUUGCCGUGGCAACCAAAACAACUAUGAGACAGCAGAGGAGUGCCAGACCACCUGCACAGUGAGGGUUGUUCCCAGUUCCAGAAAGAGCACUGAAGACCAGGAGACUGGUGAUGACCAAGAGGCCUGCAUGGCACCGUCUGAACCUGGUCCCUGCCGUGCUUAUUUCAAGAUGUUCUUCUAUGAGCCCAGCUCCGGCUCCUGCCAGCCCUUUGUCUACGGUGGGUGCAGGGGCAAUAGCAACCGCUACAGCACGGUGGAGGAGUGCAUGUCCAGAUGCGCUGGCGUGGACGGGCGUUUUGAUGAACAUGGGAACGGUCAAGGUCGUGGCCGCUGGACUCCAGCCUUCUUCCUGGUGGCUACCUUGGCAGUCAUCUCCGCCGUGCUGCUGGUCGGAUUGAUCCUAAUCUCUGUCCGCCGGGCCAAGCUCCACCACUUCCACAUUCUGGAUGACAAGCAAGAGCUGCUCACUGAGGAGCAGAUGCUGGAGGAGACAACACCCAAACAAGGCUCCCCUUAAACACCUCCACUACUAUUUGUCACACAACUGUCUUUUAACUCUCCUAACAUGUGAAGAAUCAUUUAGAUUUUAGCACAGUAAUUACACACACCGGUUAAUAGUUUUUAAUCUUUUUUUUCCUUUUUUAUACUCGGCUACUUUUGAUGAGAUCUGUCUUUUAUCUAUCUGUUUAUCUAUCUGUCUUCCCUCUGAAAGUUAUACGUACCUGUGUGUACGUCUAUAAGUUUAAAAAAUGGAACCAGUAAAAUGAAGGGAAAAGUAACAUAUGUUAGGCUACUGAGGACACCUAUGCUGAAACUUUGUCUGUAGCGAACAGUUUCUAGUUUAACUCUCUAUAUUCAUGGCAGCGCAUUUUCAAACAGUUAAAUUCUUAAAGAAAAGAUGAUGUGAAUUACCAAGGAUCCUUUGAUAAAGAGAGGAAUGUAAAUUAAAAUUAACACACAGGUAAGUUUACUUAUCAGUCUUUUUGUAUUGGAUAAUGAGCCACAGAGUGAUGUGGUGACAGACUAUAUAAUUCUGAGAGCAGAAAAGAGAGAGCGAAAGAAGAAGGAAUUCGGCUGUUUGAGUCUAGAGUCUGUUGCCCGUGAAUCUGUUAACAAACCUUCUUAUGUUGAGUGGGACUCUAUUCUUCAUGUUUUAGAGUGGUUUUCAACUGAAAGAAUUACUUCAGUCAUUUUCAAUAUAAACUUAAUAAA